AUGGAUGCGUUUACGACGGAUAUCAUCACCGCUGAGGACGUACAGUUGGUUAUGGCCAGGAGCAUACAAGCUUCGUCGAAAGUCGUAUCGUACGGCUUGAAACGAAUAAGCGAUGAACCCAUCGGAUAUCUGGCAGACCACUUCAUCCUAGCGGUGGAUGUUGAAGAAAAAUUGCCACAAAUUAAGGGAGAGCAUGCAGAAGAAUGUGAAACAUCCUCUAUAAGAACUGAUGGAAACAUUGGAGCUGGCAGUCAAAACAAAUCCUUCUUCGUGAAGAUGCUACCGGAGAAAAACCCAAAGCUGGCCGAGUACAUAGCCGAGAUGAACUGUUUCGAGAAGGAAAUUUUCGUAUAUAGCAAGCUGUUGCCAGAGCUAGCACGGCACUGUCAUGGCAUUGGGAACGUUGUGGCCAACACCUACCUUACGAAACAAACGAAUCUGAUUGUUUUCGAAAACUUGAAGCAGCAAGGCUAUAGCAUGAUGAUGGAUCGGGGGACAAGCUUACUUAAUCAGGCGCACAUUGAGAUGGCCUUACGGACGAUCGCAAAAUUACACGCAAUGUCGUUAAUAUACGAAGAACGAACUAAAACCACGUUAGCUGAAGUAACGGCCAAGCUUUCUGGUGGCAGUGGAGCAUGUAUGCUAGAGGAAAAUGUGUACGUUAAUCAGGAUGCGUACGUGCGAACUACAAACAUAGAGAAUUGCAUACAGGUGAUGUGUGAAGUAGCGAAAAGGAUUGAUAAGUAUCGAAAUUCAGACCAGCUGGAAUUCAUACUGAAACGUAUCCCGCUAGUAGUACGACGAAUUUAUGACCUGGCCAAACCAUCGACCGUGUUCCGCAACGUGUUAAACCAUGGAGAUUUGUGGUGUAACAACAUCUUGUUCAAGUACGAAACAAAAGUAAAUGGAACAAAAACAGUUCAACCCAUCGAUGCGAAGUUGGUGGACUUUCAGUUUUCGCGCAUCGCACCACCAGCAUACGACGUGAUGGCUCUCAUUAUGAUAUCAACGCUAAGCGGUUUUCGAGAUCCGCUGCUAGACCAUUGGAAGGAUUUGUACUACACCAGUUUGGCUUCACAUUUGACGACAAACCAGCUGGAGGUGGAGAAAGUUUUACCAAAAUCCAAGUUUCUCGAGUCCUGCGCACACUACCAUCUGGCCGGAUUGAUCGAAAGCUGUAUGUACUUUCACUGGCCACCAGAGCCAGAUUGUUACGAGCGGGAUGAUAGUACGGAAGAUGAUUUUGAUUGCAAAAACAAUUCCAGCGUAUUCGUGAGGGCCAGUAUACGAGGUUUCGAAAAGUAUGAACAGUAUCGUACACGCAUUAGUGAUAUGAUCACACAAAUUGUUGAUAAGUACGUGCUAGAACAAUAA